CAUCAAGGCCAGAUACGGCAAGGCGGCGCACUUCACCUUUAUCGUCUUUGGCCUCAUGACCAACAUGCUGGUCUCCCUCAUGCUAAUCACCGGAGGAGCAGCAACUGUGAAUGCCUUGACCGGGAUGCAUGGCGUAGCGGCCAUCUUCCUUAUCCCCAUUCCCGUCGUGGCUUAUACGGUUUCCGGCGGCCUUAAAGCCACGUUCAUUACAGACUACAUUCACACGUUUGCCGUUCUCAUCAUCAUCAUGAUCUUUGCACUCAAGACCUACGCCACCUCGGAUGUUCUUGGAAGUCCGUCUGCCGUGUACGAUCUGCUCGUCAAAGCCGCCCAGGCCCACCCCGUCUCCGGCAACCGCGACGGCAGCUACCUCACGAUGAAGUCUCAGGGCGGCGCCAUCUUCUUCGUCAUCAAUAUCGUUGGAAACUUCGGGACCGUGUUCUUAGACAACGCUUAUUACAAUAGAUCCAUAGCAGCCUCUCCUAUUCAUGCGUUGCCGGGAUACAUCAUGGGAGGCGCGGCGUGGUUCGCGAUCCCGUGGUUGACGGCGACGACACUCGGCCUGGCGGCGCUCGCGCUCGAAUCCACCCCCCAGUUUCCGACGUACCCCAACCGCCUGACGGACUCGCAAGUUUCAGCUGGUCUGGCUCUGCCGUAUGCUGCGGUAGCCCUCAUGGGCAAGGGUGGUGCCAUUGCCACUCUCAUCAUGCUGUUUUUGGCCGUCACCUCGGCCUUCAGUGCUGAGCUGGUAGCGACCUCCACCAUCUUCACAUACGACAUUUACCGGACGUACUUCCGACCUAGUGCCAGCAGCAAGAGCCUAGUUUCGAUUUCUCAUAUGAGCAUGGUGGCUUAUAUGCUUGUCGUCUGCUGCAUCUCCACGGGCUUGUGGUACAAUGGCAUCUCCAUGGGCUAUCUCUACCUGCUCAUGGGCGUGCUCAUCUCGGCAGCUGUGAUCCCGGCGACCUUGACCCUGCUGUGGAACGGCCAAAAUCGCUGGGCAGCCAUCAUUUCUCCUAUCCUGGGCACAAUCUGUGCCAUUGUUGCCUGGCUGGUUACUGCCAAGAAGACGUGCGGCAAG